CGCCAACGGAAUCUAUCUCCUACAACCGCUUCCACAGCAAAUCCCCCUUUCAACACAAAAACACCCACACAUCAUUGUUCCUCUUAAAUCAACGACGCAAAACAUGAAACUACCCUGCAACCCACCGCACCACGUAAAGCCCGCGAUGCUUUAACUUUUCCCGUGAACCCACCCCGACAAUACGUCACCGUUUUGCUCGAGUCGCGUCGCAAAAACGACGUCGCCGACGCCCUUGUUUGAAAUUGUGCAGAGCGAAAAGUAACAAAGUGAAGAAAAGAGCAGAUAGAAGAAAAAGCUCGGUGCAUAGUUCCGAAUCCUUGUUCUUCUGAUAGUGAAGGUAGCUUGAGGUUUAUUUAAUUUAAUUCGGUUCGAGAAAAGUGCUGAGAGAGAGAAAAUAGAAAAGGUGAAAAAUCGAAGGUCGGAGAUGCAAAUGGAAGCUAGGGUUGGUAUGGCGGUGGAUGGUGGUGGUGUACGGAAGUUGGUGCAGCCGCCGCCGAAGCAGAUUGGAACUGUUUCUCAGCUUCUCGCCGGAGGAGUCGCCGGCGCGUUCAGCAAAACCUGUACGGCGCCUCUUGCGAGACUUACCAUCCUCUUUCAGAUUCAGGGAAUGCAUUCCAAUGUUGCAGCUUUGAGAAAAGUCAGUAUAUGGAAUGAGGCUUCACGAAUUAUCCAUGAAGAGGGGUUUAGGGCUUUCUGGAAAGGGAAUCUGGUUACCAUUGCUCACCGCUUACCUUAUUCGUCAGUUAACUUUUAUUCGUACGAGCACUACAAGAAGUUGCUAAAGAUGGUUCCACGACUUCAAAGCCAUAGGGAUAAUGUUAGUGCAGAUCUUUGCGUACAUUUUGUUGGUGGUGGCAUGGCAGGAAUCACUGCUGCUACAUCUACUUAUCCAUUGGAUCUUGUAAGAACACGGCUGGCUGCACAGACAAAUUUUACCUACUACAGAGGUAUCUGGCAUGCUUUACACACAAUUAGCAAGGAAGAGGGAAUAUUUGGCCUUUACAAGGGACUUGGAACUACACUCUUGACUGUAGGGCCAAGUAUAGCUAUCAGCUUCUCUGUGUAUGAAACCUUGAGAUCUUAUUGGCAGUCAAAUAGAUCCGAUGAUUCACCUGUCGUGAUUAGUCUGGCUUGCGGCAGUCUUUCAGGCAUUGCAUCAUCAACUGUGGUUUACUAUGCUUUUGAUGCAGAGAAAGAGAGUUUGGUGCAGGAACUGCACCAAGUAUCUAACCAGACUGACCCAUAGAACCAGAGACCAGGUGGGAGUUGUUAUUGUAUCUGUGGCAUAUGACAAUUUAGUAAGGAAAAUGACAAAAUAACAUUUUUCUUGCCUUUCUGUAACUUUAUUUCUUAUCUAAAGAUCUUGCUCAAGUAAUCAUCUUCCCAAGUUUUGUUCUAUGGCAUGUCUCCCCAAGCUAUGCAGGGGAUUCCAUCAUGGGGUGGCAUUACUUGGAUGAACCUAUAUGAUUCCCUCAGUUACCAAAUGUGAGAGGUGUCCUCUUUGAGGUAUGCUUCUCACUUAGGCUACCUUCACCUGAUGUUUGGACGGGUACCAGAAUCCUUUUCAGCCCUAAGUGUUUCUGAAGAAUCUGUUCUUAUUGCUUUCAGCAUACUCUAAAUGAUGAAAAUUAUGGCAAAAAAUUACAAUAUAGUUGUUUAUGAUAUAAGAAAAUUUAUAAAUGAAAUUGUCAAUAAAGAACGACUGUUCUUUACAUGGGAAAAACACUAAAUCAUACUGAUUGGGGAAUGGAUAUUUUGUGUCAAAACCGUAUUAUACAGAUAGAUACUAACCACAUGUAUCCAAAAUAUUCACGCAUAAAAAACUUUAGUAUGCCCUUUUUAUCAAUUGUGUUAAUAAAGGUUCUCUGCCCCUUUGCUACAAUAAAUGUAUGUUCAGGUAAGGAUGUGUUUUACUUCAACUCUUACCUCUUGAUGCCAAUUUUACAGGUAAUGUUUUUACAUGUUUGGAUUUGUUAAAUGCUGCGUCUACCAUGUUAAGAUAGGCUUGUGCAUCCAUAAAUUUCUUGCUGUCAAUUGAUCACAAAUUCAGUAGAGCCACAUGGUAUCAAUAAUAUGUUUGCCACAGUUAUUCUUUAGAAUAGCCACUGAUGUUGAGGUGCAGGUUUGCAACUUUCUCAGAGACACAAUUAGAAACUCCUAUUUUGUCUACAAUUUAUAGGUUAUUGAUUUCAAACAUCGUUGAUUUUGAUGGCCAAAAUAUCGAUUAGAAGAUUUAGCUUGUAUAAAUUGAUAUUCAUUUCAUUUAUUGUUUUGGAAUUGGUUUGCAAUUCAAUCGAUUAAUCAUCUUACCACCUUUGAUGAUGCACUGUAAUGUCACAGACUACUGGUCUGAUGUAAAAAUUGAAUUUCUGUUGAGUAGAAUGGGUGUAGUUCAAUUCAAUUCAUCUGUUAUACUAUAUGCAGCAACAUUUCCGUUGGAUCUUGUAAGGCGGAGGAAGCAACUUGAGGGGGCUGGUGGGCGAGCUCGUGUGUAUACAACAGGCCUCUAUGGUGUGUUUAGGCACAUAAUCCGGACAGAAGGCUUUCGUGGUCUUUACAGAGGAAUUUUGCCUGAAUAUUACAAGGUGGUGCCAGGUGUAGGUAUUUGUUUUAUGACUUAUGAGACGUUGAAGAUGCUUUUAGCAGAUAUUGCUACUGGAUAAUUACACCCAUCAACCUUGGAGUCUGAUAUACAAGAAGUAAAUGUAUGAAGUUAUUUACCCAUACAAAAAAGGGUAAGAGUUACAUUUACGAAUUAACAAUUGUAAGUUCAUUUUAUUUCUCGAGCCCUCACCUGGGCAAUUUUGUAAUGUGUUCCCGUGGGGAUUGCAUUUUUGCAUGUACAGAGACUUGCAUAACAUUUAAUAUUAAGCUGUUAUCGUCAUGUAUUCUCA